AUGGAAGGUAGACAUGAAUACAAGAAGGGGCUGUGGAAUUCUCAGGAAGACAAGAUCUUAAUGGAGUACGUGAAGCAGCAUGGAGUUGGGAAGUGGAACCGUAUCGCUAAAGUCACCGGAUUGAAGAGAUGCGGCAAAAGUUGCAGAAUGAGGUGGAUGAACUACCUGAGUCCGAAUGUGAAGCGCGGAGAUUUCUCAGAAGAAGAAGACGACCUCAUUAUUCGCCUCCACAAUCUCCUUGGAAAUAGGUGGUCGUUGAUAGCAGGGAGGGUGCCAGGGAGGACAGACAACCAAGUGAAGAACCACUGGAACACUCAUUUGAGCAAAAAGUUGGGUGUUAAUAGGAAGGGAAAGACCAAAGUGUGUCAACCUCAGAAGCCACCCUCUACUGAAUCAAACGAAAUCGCUUCGAACAUUGCCUCAAAUCCAUUCAAGGAAGCUUCAAACUGUGGCCAAGAGGGUGAGAUUGGGAAGUCCCUGCAAGAGAAUUCUUUAAGCAGGGAGGAUUUCAUAGGCAUGCAAGAGAUCAUGAUGAGUGAUGAUGAUUUUGAGACCAACCUCUUGUUUGCUAACAAUGGAGUUGGCCUUUGUUAUCCUUCCUUCUUCUCAUUCCAGGACUACUUUGUUGACCUUGAUGAUUGGGCUGCCUUGUAA